CUCGACCUUCCUCCUAUAUUCAUUCCUCCCCUCUCUCUCUCUCAAUUCAGUCCAUAUAAUCUCAAUUCAGUCCAUAUACUAAAAUCCCAUCUCUGUGAUAUAUAUAUAUAUAUGUACACACACACACACACAUACAUGUAUUGUGUGCUUCUCUAAAGACCCAUCUAGAAGUCCUGGAAAAACACCAACCUCCCUCUCUCGGAGAAGUUUUAAACAACUUAUUGUUAUUAUUAAUUUCACUUUUCUUAGAUACUUGAACUCAUUCCAUUUGCAAUAUACUCUGGUAUUAAUUAACAACUUUUAAAAUAAUAAAAAAUUUCAAGAAACCCAGUGCUUGAGCUUCACAUGUCAGAAAGCCCUUGCAACUCCAGAAACAGCAGCAGUUCCAUGUCUCAGAACAGCAUCAACAACGUCCGACAGCCGCCGCCGCCGCCACCGUCACUCAGCAGGUAUGAGUCCCAGAAGCGCCGUGACUGGAACACAUUCGGGCAGUACCUGAAGAACCACCGGCCACCACUCGCUCUGUCCCGGUGCAGCGGGGCCCACGUAGUCGAAUUCCUCCGGUACCUCGACCAAUUCGGAAAGACCAAGGUCCACAACCACAAUUGCCCCUUCUUCGGCCACCCACACCCUCCCGCACCGUGCUCCUGCCCUCUCCGCCAAGCCUGGGGCAGCCUCGACGCCCUCAUCGGCCGCCUCCGUGCCGCUUUCGAGGAAAACGGGGGACACCCGGAGACCAACCCUUUCGGGGCACGCGCCGUCCGGCUGUACCUGAAGGAGGUGAGGGACUCUCAGGCCAAGGCCAGAGGGAUAGCAUAUGAGAAAAAGAAGCGUAAGAAGACACAGAAGCAGAUUGUGUCACAAACACAAUCAAACAUGGUGUUGGGCCAGUUACAAUCACAGUCCUCUAGUUCAGCUGUCGAUGAUGAUCAUCAUUUAUUAGUGGGAUCAAAAGAUUUUGGUCAUGUUCAUCAACAUGAUCAGCCUUCUUGGGCAUGCACUACACUGAUGAGCCCGAUGAAGCUCUAGGCAUGGCUCAAAUUAAUCAACUCCAUGCCAGGUGCUCUCAAUGUUCAACUAAUGUUGUUUCUCUUUCUGCAAUCAUUAACUAGAAGUAGUGGUAGUAGCUACCUAGUUGCUAUCAUGUUAAUGAGCUAGUAUGGUUAGAAUAAUGCUAUUUGAACUGAUCUUGGUGUGAUGUGUUUUUUUUGUUUAUCUAUAAUCUGUAGACUGUAUGGGUAAAGAAAAGGGUAUUAUAACUAAUUAA